CCUCCCCUCGGGUGAGGGCUGCCCCGGGGCCGACCCCAGGCCGGGGCUUCCCUCCGCGGCCCGCCGAGGCCCGCCCGCAGCAGCGCCCGGCCCGCAGGCCGCACGGGGCUAAAGGGCACCGGAGCGAGAUGGUGAUACCCGGCUUCGUCCUCUCGGCGGCCGCGGGGGGCGGUGACAGGGCGCGGGGGACACUGGGGACACUCCUCCGCUGAGGGACGCGGCUGCCAUCGUCGUCCCGCCUCUCGGUGUCACGCACCGCCGGCACUGCGUGAUCUCCGCCCGGCGCCAGUGUGGAUUAAACACCAGGCCCAGAAAUGAGGAAGGUUUUGUUUGUGGAGCCUGUCAUUUUCAUCUAUGUGUUUGCCUCUUCCCUGACGAGCCCACUGGUGCAGCAAUUCAUUUACCGGCAGCUCUGGGAGGAAGAGUACAAUUCCACUUUUGUAAGCAAUAGCAGCAUCAGCCACUGCGAGCAGAAUAAAAGUAGCCCGGCUUAUAUCAAGCAGAAGGUAGUUCAAGAAAAAGCCUCUGUUUUUAAUAUGCUGUUAGACUUAACUGGAGCAGUUCCGAGCCUUAUAGUUGCCUUUGUCAUUGUAGCUAAUGGGGAUCACCAGGGACGCAAAAGGUCUUUAGUUUUACCAUCAGUGGGAACUUUGGUUGCUAAUAUUUGUCUCGCUGUAAUAUCAUAUUUUUCCUUGUCACUCUCUAUCCUAUUUGCGGUUGCGUUUAUUAGUGGGCUGUUUGGGAGUAUAGCAACUUUCCUUGGAGGAGGCUUUGCUUAUAUAGCAGAUGUGUGUCAGGAUGAGAAGCAGAAAACAACACGAAUAGCUGUGGUGGAUUUGAUUUUUGGAAUUGUGUCUGGAUUGGCAGGACUGUCAUCUGGUUAUAUUCUAAGAGGAAUAGGCUUUACAUGGACAUUUGCGACAGCAUCUCUGCUUCAUGCUGUUAAUAUUAUCUGUAUUAUAUUUUUUCUGGAAGAAACAGUAGAUGUAUCUGAAUUCCAGCGUGAGGCACCAGGAUCCUGUAAAGAAAUUCUUAAAGAGACAUUUUCUGGAGUGUACAUGCUUUUUAAAACUGCCCCUUAUAAGAAGAGAAUUUUAAUAAUUGUGUUGCUUUUUACAUUUAUGAUGUACUUGUUUACUGCGACCGGUGGGAGUUCACUUUUUACACUCUAUGAACUAGAUGAGCCCCUCUGCUGGGAUGAAGUAUACAUUGGAUAUGGAGCAGCUGCCUCCACUUCUAUCUCUCUGACCAGUUUUUUUGGUGUUUACUUAUUUUCUAAAUGUCUCAAAGACAUUUAUAUUGUCUUUAUCGGGAUAUUUUCUUACUUUGGAGGAAUGGUCAUGGCUGCUUUUGCCAGAACUACCCUGCUCAUGUUUUUAGUAAGAGUACCAUCUUUGCUCUGCUUUAUGCCUAUUCCUGUUCUCCGAGCCAUGCUGUCAAAAGUGGUUCUCACUGGUGAACAGGGUGCUGUGUUUGCUUGCAUUGCCUGUUUAGAAGUUGUGGUCGGCACUAUUUCACUUUCAGUUUUUAAUAUUCUCUAUGCAGCUACUGUUGCAUGGUUUUCAGGCUUUAGCUUCCUCCUGUCAGCAGGCCUUUGCCUAAUUCCACUGGCUGCCCUAUGCUGGCUUCUGUGCACAAGCUGGAAUGAGGAGGACUUGGCUCUGCUUGUAUCUGAAGAAGUUUCCAGCAUAGAAAGCAUUGAUAGUUGAACAAAGGAUUCAUCUACUUGGGUUUUCUAUUCUGACAUGCAGUGGCAGAGACCAUUAUGUCAUACAGAGACCACAGAGAGAACACAACAGUUGCAGAUGCAAUCUCAAAGUGGCCCUGCAGCAAUAAGCACUAAAUAGGUAGCACUCUAUAUCCAGUCUCGUUUUAGCACUUUAAUAAAGCUAGCUCUCAUACUUAACUAGGCAAAUAGGCUGGCAAUGGAGAUUUUAAUGCUGCUUUCAACUUGAAUUAAAAAAAAAAAUAAGGUAGGGUGAUACUCUUUGCACUUACUUACACUUCCUCAAGUUUGAGAAUGUCAGCUGUGGAUUCUGAUACAUCUUGUGUCAUUUUAAGUGGGGUGACAGAGAUAAGCUUAUCAACUCCCUACAACUACAUGAAAGUAAGGAUGGAGAGAGGAGGUGGCUGAUCUCUUUUCCCAAGCAACAAGUGACAGGACAAGAGGUAACAGCCUCAAGCUGUGCCAGAGGAAGUUUAGAUUGGAUAUUAGGAAAAAUUUCUUCACUAAGAAAGUGAUCAGGUAUGGAACAGGCUGCCCAGGAAUAUGGUGGAAUCACUGUCCCUGGAAGUGCUCAAAAAACAGGCAGAUGAGGCCCCUGGUGAUACAGCAGUCCUGGGGUAAAGGUUGGACUUGAUGAUUUUAAAGGUCUUUUCCAAGCUGGUUGAUUCUGUGGAAAAUUCAUAAGGUGAUGGCAAUUCUGCUGCAGCCACCGGAGGUCAUGCCAGCUGAGGGUGCGGUCCACUGUGUACAUCUUAAUAGGCCUGUUUUAAUGGUGAAGCCCCCAAACCUAUCUAAAAUGACUCAACUAAACGGCAUUUGUUUUCAGAAAGCAACCCAGCUGGAGGCAGUACUUGCACAUGCUGUAAGUAGACUCACUGCUCUGCAGUUAGCAGAGUGUCUGUGCAAGUUUAAUGUAUGAUGUGGGGACCUUGCCUGUGACUUGACUUAGUUCUUAAAAUGGAUUUUCACACAGAGAUGUCGUACUUAUUUCAGCUUGCAAAGUGUGAAGUUAGGCCCAUGCCUACACUUUGCAGAGGCCAUAUUGCACGUCUAUUUUUAUAGUUUUCUAUUUAUUAGGGUCUGGAUCCAGAGACCUAUUUUUUUGUCCCAUAGAUACUUCUUGUUUUCUAGUUAAUUGGCUCCACUUGGUUAAAUGUUUCUUCUAGUGAAAACGUGUAGUAGCAUUUCUUUGCAGUAGGUCUUUAUUAUUUUUUUAACAACCCUGAAAUGAGGUGACCAAAUCUGAAUCGUACAUCUAAUCAUCUUGCAAUGAAUGCAGCAUAAUUUAUGAGCACUUCAACAGCAUUUCGUCUUCAAAGCACUUUAUAAAUGCUAUUAAGAAUCUCCUUCCACAAUAGAUAUUAUCCUCCCUGUUACAGAGAAAGAGAAAUUAAGAGAGGACAAGUGACUUGCCCAGGGCCACACUGCAAACUGGUAAGGCUGCCAAACCUAGGAACUGGUUUCUGCAUUGACUCUUCACCUUUUUGCUUGAGAUCUUUAAGUAGAAAUUAUCCAGAGUAUUAGCUUCUGGAACAUAGAGCAGAAGUGUAAAUAAAACACCAUGUUAAGGACCACUGCCAUGUGUUUUUUAAUGUGACAGUUUGACAGCCAAUACUGCUCAGAUCCCUGAAAGCACAAGUGAGUUGUGUAAGACUCUCAUCCCCCAAAACAGAUUAGGUAGAGAAGUCAAAAUGAUGUAAAGUGGUUGAUAUUCACACAAGGAAAACUCUAGGAAAGCAACUAUGAUGUGUGAACUGCCUACAGACGCACAAAGUGUAGCAUUAAAAAUGAAGACAGACAUCGCAUAUGCUGUAUAAUCAAUGAUCUGCUUACAGCUAUUAAUAUCCAUCAUACAAACAGAGUACUUCUGCAGAACUUCUCAGUGGUACACCACCAAAAAAUACCAGUACCACCUCAUGAUGAUACUAUUGUACAUCCUGUUUGAUUGAUAGCAUUUUUUUCCAAGCUAUGUAUUGUGAUCAUGGAGAAGGUCAAUAAGGUAGAGGGUUUAAAUGGGAUGGGGGGUUGGAACUAGAUGAUCUUAAGGUCCUUUCCAACCCUAACUAUUCUAUGAUUCUAUGAUUCCAAAUAAUGCAGGAGACCACUGCCUCCCACUGAUGAAAACAGUGCUGUUUAUCCAGGGCAGGGGAAUGAACAUUUACACAGCUAACAGCUAUAGCCAACUCUUACACUUUUUGAACUACCAAGGCUGAUGUUGGCUAUUAAAGUUUAGACAUCAGCCAGUAAAUAAAACUGCGUAUCUCUCCUCCCUUGAGCUGCCCAAGUUGCUGCCAACUUGUUGGAGAAGGGAGCUGUUUUACAAUAAUCAGUGGGUCCAAAAUAUAAUGAGUGCUUGUUGAGAGAUUAAGAGAACACUAGCACAAAGAUUACAUUGUCUUCCUUGCCUCUUCAUUAUGCAGUUCUCUAAGGCUUUAUGAAAUUAACUAUUUCUCACAAAACUGCCUGAAAAAGUAAAGCUAAUGAAGUAGGGGUGUGUGCCUUCACUUCCUCUUCUGCAGUGCACACCUCUGCUAGCAUUCAGAAGGUGGCAACAAAGCACACCAGUUCUGCAGUGGCAUUGUAUUGGUGCAAAUGAGAACAAGCACGUACACUUCAGGAAUGGCUUUAUUAUGGUUUGAUUUUGGUGUACAAAGUACUUGCUAUUUGCAAAGCAUUUCUGGUAGGUGCAGUAUUAAGAACUAGCUGUAAGUUUAGCUCAAAACACAUGAAGGACAUGAACUGUGUUGUUAAAGCACCUAGCAUGGUGCAAGCUGAAGAAACCAGGUACUAAUGCACUUCAGAUUAUUAAAAUCUUCCAAGUUUAUAAUAGUUGUUCUAUUUGUAUAUAAAUGCAAAUUAUUUUGACAUUAAUAAUUAAAUUUGUUUUUCUAACA